CCCAGACUCUCCUCUCUCGCCAAACCCCCGAUUUCUACACUAUCCAUUUUGCGAAGACACUCCCCAAGUCACAAUGUCCUCGACCAUCCCCACUUCCACCUCUGUCAACGAGUCCGCCGUCAUCGAGGCCCCCUUCAGCGAUGUCUGGCACCUGAUCAAGCUCCAGGACUUCAGCAAGUUCUGGACUACGCUCGAGAAAAGCGAGUUUGUCAAGGACGCAUCCAGCGAGACCGACAUUGUCAAGUGGACAUUCAAGGACGGCACCGAGCAGGAGGUGAAGCAGGAGGAGCACUCUUCCAUCGACCACUACAUCACAUACUCGGUUAUUACUUCCAAGCCUGAGCUUUCGUACUCUUCAGUCGUCUCUACCAUCCGCGCAUACCCCGUUACAUCAGGCAAGCACCAGGGACAGACAUUUGUCACAUGGUCAGGCAACUUUAGCAGCGAUGCUGAUGCCAGUGUGAUCCAGGACGCCAAGUUCAAGCGCCGCGAGGCUCUCGCCGACCUCGCUCAGGCCGCGGCGAAGAAAUAGUGUUUGAAAGUGUCCAAGGAACAGCGCUUGAGCGAAGUGACUGCGCAAAACUUUACAUUUUCGGGUGACUUUAUCCCAUAGCUGCUGGCCAUGUGCACCGGCGUUAUGAAGUAUGUCUUAGCAUAUUAUUGGAAACUAGUCGAACAUUGCCUUGUAUGAUAACAGUAGCAUCAAGAAAUGACACCAACACUUGAUGCCAAUUGCAAUCCCGCCAACUACCAACAGAAGGAUCGGUGACAUGAAUUGCGUCAGUAGAACCAAGACACACCCACAGGA